AUGAAAAUCACUUUUGAGUGGUCCAUACCAAGAAGCUUUUGUAUCAAGUAUUACUCAAAAUACGAAGGACGACUUAAAGCAAACAAUAGAGAAUCAGAACCGUUUCUUCGAGUUGCCGGAUCUUGUAACGGUUUGGUCUGCGUCUACGACAUGGUCGACGUUUACCUAAUAAACCCUACAACAAGAAUGAUCCGAACACUUACUCCUCCUCAAGGUAACAAACUUUCAGUGGGAUUUGGGAGAGAUGUUGUCACAGGAACAUACAAAGUGGCGACUGUGUAUGGCUUCGACGAUGACAGAGUGGAGACUCUAGUUUUCGAACUGGCCACUAACGAGUGGAGAUGGAGACACAAACCGCUGAAAGAUAAACCCUAUUACAAGCGGCCGCUCUCCCGAGGGUCCAGUAAUCGAGGAAACUAUAGGCAUCUCCGAUUCCGACGCCGGUGGAGCCUUUACUUGCCGGCGUUGGACGUUGGUCUCUCCACUGCUCUCACUUGUCGUUCUUUUGAAUUACUCUGCUUCUCGCCGGUUUUACGCUCUGCACCUACCGGCGGUGAAGGUACAAUGUUAUGGUUAUGGCUUGUUCUCUCUAAGAACAAGAUGAUUGUGUCAAUUAUGGGCCCGUGUGGUUCGGAUCUAUUCUCGGCUAGAAACCGAAGAAGUUCAACCCUUUAUUCCACAUUUCAAUUCACCUCCUCCGUCUCCUCCGCUGGCCACCACCACCGCACAAAUUCAGGCUUCCACCACGCUUCACCCACAAAUUCUUCGGAAGCCCGACUUCAACCACCUUACUCUGGUGCCGGAGAUAAACGCCGGAGUUUGACUCCGGAUCUGCCACUCGCACCCUCGUCAUCGCCCUCCGAUCUCAAGGAGUGA